UGACAGCUCGAGCAAUUGUGUUGUUGAUUGUUUUCAUACACUUUUCGGGAAUUGGAGCCGCAAUGGAUCUUCAAAGUACCGACCGAGAGAAGGGGGAGAAGGUGAAGAUAGUUAACCAGGUGAAGCACAUCCCGAAAGAUGCUCAGGUGGUGAUGUCGAUCUUGAAGGAGCUUGGUGCGACCGACUACGAGCCGCGGGUCAUUAACCAGCUCCUGGAAUUUACCUACCGAUACGUAACGUGCAUUCUGGACGACGCCAAAAUAUACGCCAACCAUGCGCGCAAGAAGGUGAUCGAGCUGGACGAUGUGAAGCUGGCCACGCAAAUGAUUCUCGACAAAGCGUUUACCCGGCCGCCGCCCCGUGACGUACUGCUGGAGAUUUCACGCGUCCGCAACGCCACACCGCUGCCGCUGAUAAAGACGCACUGUGGAUUACGCCUGCCGCCGGACCGCUACUGCCUUUCGGCGUGCAACUACAAGCUGCGUGCGGCACAGCAACCGAAGCGCAUGAGCAAAUCCGCCCUGGAGGGACGGUCGUCGCUCAAGUCGGGUAAAGGAGCGGCCGGCGGUGCGGACGGUGGCGUCAAGCGCCCAUCCGUGCAGUCGACACCGAAAACGCAGGUGGUUAGCAUUCCGAAACCGGUGUUCAAGUUUAGUACGGCUCCGAAGACGACACCUGCGGCUGCGGCAGCCAAACCGGUCAAGACGUCGGUCACGGCCAUGGGCAGCAAUGGAGCGGCGGCAGUGGGCAACGCCGGUACAGCGGGAGCGGUCGAGAUUAAGAUGGAAACGGACGAUCAGUUCGGCGAGGCAGCCAACGGAGGCAACAAGCGUAAGCGGGAGGAGGAUGACUUUGAAGUAGUGGAGUAAUGUAGCAAAUACACCUAUGGAAAACGUAGCAUUUAUGGACAAAAAACCGACCGCGACACCUAAAUGAUGGGAAAGAAAAUGCAGGAUGCAAUGUGAGGUACAAAAGAG